CGCCUGUUUGACAUCCCUAGCAGAAACCAACUUUCAUACCUAAAAUAAAAAGGCUGGAGUAUCGCUCUUUUCUGACUACUAUUUUCUCGUAAAUCAUGUCGAGCUACAUUGCCAGGAAGGGCCCAGCAGUUCUCUCCAAUCUGGGCAGGUGGGCCUACAAUCUCUCCGGAUUCAACCAAUAUGGACUGCAUCGUGACGAUUGUCUGUACGAGAACGAGGAUGUGAAAGAGGCCGUGCGCCGACUGCCCCGAAAAUUGUACGAUGAGCGCAACUACCGUAUCAUGCGGGCCCUCCACCUGUCGAUGACCAAGACAAUCCUGCCCAAGGAGCAGUGGACCAAGUACGAGGAUGAUGUCAAGUACUUGGAGCCCUAUCUCAAGGAGGUCGUCAAGGAGCGCGAGGAGCGUGAGGACUGGGAGAAGAUCCACUAAAAUCUUGAUGCCCACACCUCUUCUCUGGACUUGUAAAUGUUGAAAUACAUAGCUUAGAUAAAUACCAAUGUUUGGCUAUGAAAUUGA